AUGCGGCAGCAGCAGUCGGACAAAAAUACCCUUCUCCUCCUCCGUGCCCUCCCCCACCCCCAGACCCACCACCCCGCCCCGGCGCGCGCCUCGUCUUCAGCCUUCGUCUGCCGCGUCGCCGCGUUGGGCGAUACGCUGUGGUCGCUGGCCCCGCCGGCGCGCCCCGAGCUGCUCUCCCUCGACCUCCCGCGCUACGACCCGGCGCUCUCCAGGCCUGUCGACCUCGCUGUCGCGCAGCGCGUCGCCAAGUCCAACAUCUCCGUCAGCGCCAUGGACCCGUCCCCGGCGCUUGUGUGGCCGAACAACUACGACGUCUGGGUCGACGAGUUCAAGGCCAUGGGGCUGUCGCACUACCUCAACGCCGUCUGGCCCUCCGCCUCUGUCUUCGUUGACGACCGCCGUGUCAAUUCCACCAGGCCAAGGUCGUCAAGGCCGUCCACAACGAGGCCUCCUCCUGGCCUCCUCAUCUGCGACGACGGCGUCACCGCCCCGGCCACCGUCGUGCUCGACGCCACCGGCUUCUCCCGCUGUCUCGUCCAGUACGACAAGCCCUACAACCCCGGGUACCAGGUCGCCUUCGGCAUCCUCGCCGAGGUGGACGAGCACCCAUUCAACAUCGACAAGAUGCUCUUCAUGGACUGGCGCGACGAGGAGCUCGUUCACAUGCGGGACAAGUACGACCGCCUCAAGGCGACGCGGCCGACUGCGAGCUUCCGGGUCUUCGUCUCCACCGCAGCCGCCGGCGCCUUGCAGUGUCGCCCACCCCUGGUGCCCCCGAUGAUGCGCCGCGCGCGGAGCGAGUAG